GUGACACGGCUGUCAAACAUGGCCGUCCACUGUUGGCUGUGAGAGCUUCUCACAAAGAAGAAACAUCGGGAUAGUUUUAAUAAUUCACCUCACAGCGCGGCUUCCUCCACCAACGCGCUGCCGUCGACUGCCCUCAGACACUGGCGUCAGCACAUCCAUGGAUACACCCUUUGGACUAUCAGCAAGAAUAAUGACCCGAGUGAGGAACUGACCAAAGUACCGCCCCGCAGCCACCAUGCAGAUCGAGGCGGUGCUGGUGGAGUCGGCCGUGGUGUCGGCGGUGGUACUGUGCGUCCACGUGGUGGUGUGGAACCAGCACUCGUGGUGCGCCGUCGCCCUCGCCAUCCAGGCCUUCUACGUCCAGCACAAAUGGGACCGUCUGCUCAAGUCAGGGAGCGCCGUCUUCCAGUUCCGCCCUUCGGCCAACAGCGGCAUCGUCCCGGCCUCCAUGGUGAUGCCGUUGCUGGGUUUGGUGCUGAGGACCAAGUGCUCCGAGGCGGGGAGUGUCCACUUGGAGCGCUUCUCCAUGGUGGUGACGGUCAGCGGCAUGACGCUGGCGCUCUUCCUGUCGCUGAUCGCGCUGGGCGUCACACGACCUUUGCCCACCAACACCUGCGUGGUCGCCGGCCUGGCCGCCAGCGCCGUCUUCUACACCACCAAGCAGACGCUGACGGUGUCGGAGGUCAUCGAGGUGAUGGAGGUGCUGCUGAUCUUCGUCUACCUCAGCCUGAUCGUGCUCUACCUGCUGCCUCGCUGCUUCACGCCCGGCGAGGCCCUCCUGGUAGUGGGCGCCAUCAGCUUCGUGGUAAACCAGCUCAUCAAGCGCUCGCUGCUGAGCCUGGCGGAGGCAAAGGGCGACCCCAUCCAGUACCUCCUACCGGUGCUGGUGGUUGGCUCGCUGCUGCUGGGCGUCUUCUUCGCGCUGCUCUUCUGCUUCAUGGAGUCGGAGACCUGGGUGUCCUCGCUGUUCUUCCACACCAUGACGGCCGUGCUGGGCUUGGGCGUCCUCAUGCCGUGGCUCUCGCUCUUCAUCGGACGCCAUCCCAUCAUGUGGCUGUGGGACUUUGUCACGCUCAGCGAGCGCCGGCUCGCCUUGAUAGGCUACUGGGUCUUGCUGUGCGCCCUGGCCACCUGCGUAGUGCUGCACCAGAACUACCAGCGCCAGUCCGGGUCCAAGAAGCACCAGGCCUCCACCGUGGUCCGGAAGUACUUCCAUCUCAUAGUGGUGGCCACUUUUGUUCCUGGGCUUCUGUACGACCGCCAUCUGCUGCACGUGGCGUCCGUGGGCUGCUUGGCCGUCUUCCUCUUCCUUGAGUACGUGCGUUACUUUCGCAUCAAGCCGCUGGGUCAACCACUGCGCCAGCUGCUCACCUUGUUCCUGGACGAGCGUGACUCCGGGCCCCUCAUCCUGACCCACAUCUACCUGCUCCUCGGCAUGGCCCUGCCCGUCUGGCUCUUCCCGGGUGCCUGCGCCCCAAAGGGGAUUCUUUCCGGCGCCGGCGGCCUGGUGCCCUACGCCGGCGUCCUCGCCGUAGGUGUGGGCGACACCGUGGCCUCGGUGUUCGGCAGCACCAUGGGGGAGAUCCGCUGGCCCGGCACCAAGAAGACGAUGGAGGGAACGGCGACGUCCGUGUUCGCCCAAAUCAUCGCCGUGGUCAUUUUUCUCAUCUUUGACACCAGCAUCAACUUGAACUCCACCUACUUGUGGAUCGUGGGCUCCAUCGCACUGGUGGCCAUGCUGGAGGCGUACACCUCCCAGAUCGACAACCUCCUCCUGCCCCUCUACCUCCUCAUCCUGCUGAUGCUCUGACAGGAACACAAAAGGUCUGCUUGGAAUUUUAAAAGACUUCAAACGGCACAAAAAAACGUGUUUUAAACGAUGUAUGAAUCAUGCACAUUUAUGUAAAUGAGCACGUCACCCAUCAGAACUACAAAAUGGCCGUUUAAACAACACUAAGUCCGCUUAACUAAUAUUGUCAUUAUUUAAUAACCUUCCAGAUGGGAACAUAUACUUUUGCCUCAAGUAGUAUUAAGGUCAUCAAUUCUAGUGUUAUCUAUAGCAUAGAGCCCCGGGGCCCACCUAAAUAUUAACACUGAAUUAGUAAUUUUACUCUUUUGUUAAUCAUAUUUAAAGGCCUACUGAAAUGAGAUUUUCUUUUUUAAACGGGGAUAGCAGGUCCAUUCUAUGUGUCAUACUUGAUCGUUUCGCGAUAUUGCCAUAUUUUUCCUGAAAGGAUUUAGUAGAGUACAUCGACGAUAAAGUUCGCAACUUUUGGUCGCCAAUAAAGCCUUGCCUUUACUGGAAGUCGCAGACGAUGACGUCACCCGUGUGAGGGCUCCGUUACAUCCUCACAUUGUUUUUAAUGGGAGCCUCCAACAUAAAGAGCUAUUUGGACAGAGAAAACAACAAUUUCCCCAUUAAUUUGAGUGAGGAUGAAAGAUUCAUGGCUGAGGAUAUUGAUAGCGAAGGACAAGAAAAAAAAAUAAAAUAAAGUAAAAAAAAAAAAAAAAGGGGAUAGCAUUGUGAGCGAUUCAGAUGUUUUUAGACACAUUUACUAGUAUAAUUCUGUGAAAUCCCUUAUCUUUGUAUUUUGUUGCUAGUGUUUUAGUGAGUUAAAUAGUACCUGAUAGUCGGAGGGGUGUGUCCACAGUAGAGAUGCGCAGUUUGCGGUAUCGUCCGCGGAGUCUGCGGGUAAACCGUUGGUCGGGCGGUUGACAUGACGAAAAUUUUUUAUUUUAAUUAGAUUCGGGCGGGUGGCGGUUGAACCAUCCGAAGACAUUUGAUAUACAUGGUUCUGAGAUCGGUAUACUUUGCCAUUUAAAGAGCCAUUUAAGACCCGUGUCAUAAAGCGAAGAAGUCAAUAGGAGACGCUAUUAAUAUCUUGAAUGACUGCCGGCAGUCACCCAGAUAUUAUUUAUGAGUGCAUGCUAUGAAGCCAUUGACUUUGUCGCCUUCUACAUCAUACACAAUCUGCUUGUCAGUCCAGCAUCAUGUUGUGUGUGGCUUCCGCGGCAACACGCACACGACUGCAAGCCAUACUGGGUGACACAGAGUACACUAAUGGUUGUGAUAUAAACAAUUUUAACACUCUUAGUAAAUGCGCCACGCUUUGAAGCGACACCAAUUAAGAACGACAAACAUUUCGGGAGAACAUCCUCACAGUAACACAACAUAAACGCAACACAACAAAUACCCAUAAUCCUUUGUAUUCAUGACACUUCCUGACUAUUUUAUACACCCCAAACCCCGCCACCUACAAGCCCCCCCCCCCGUGAGGAUGUUCUCCCGAAAUGUGUUUGUCAAUCUUGUAUUGUGUGGCUUCAUAGCGUGGCGCAUAUUAGUAAGUGUUAAAGUGUACUCCGUAUCACCCAGUAUGCCUUUCAAUCUCACACGUGUGAUUGCGGAAGCUGCACACAACAUGUUGCUGGACUAACAAUUGUUCCACACAUGUUGUUGAAGGUGUCAAAGGCAAUGGCUUUACAGCACGCCCAUAUUCUUGUCAUCAGGACGAACGCUACUGAAUAGUCGUGAGAACGUUAUCAGCUCCAAUUGACUACAUUACCCUGUGAAACAGUUUUAAAAUAGCUCUGUGAGUGGUAAAGGUGGCCAACCUCUGAUGUAUUUCAGCGGGCGGGUGGCAGACGGGUACGGUCCCGAUAAAAUGUUGGUGCGGGUGGAUGACGAUUUUGGUGACGCGGAUGGGGAUUAUAUAAUUGCCUAUGUGCGCACCUCUAGUCCACAGGUGUCUUGACGCCAGUCUCUAAGGGAACUAGUCACGGCAACAGCAGCACGACAUAAGCUCCGCUGAUCUCCGGUAAGAGGCGACUUUUCACCACAAUUUUCUCACCGAAACCUGCCGGUUGACAAGUGGUCGGGAUCCAUGUUUGCUUGACCGCUCUGAUCUAAAGCUUCACCUCCGGGAAUUUUAAACAAGAAAACACCGUGUGUUUGUGUGGCUAAAGGCUAAAGCUUCCCACCUCCAUCUUUCUACUGUGACUUCUCCAAUAUGAAUUGAACAAAUUGCAAAAGAUUCAGCAACACAGAUGUCCAGAAUACUGUGUAAUUGCACGAUGAAAAGACGACUUUUAGCCGCUAGUGGUGCUGCGCUAAUAUGUCCCCUCCAACUCGAGACGUCACGUGCACGCGUCAUCAUUCCACGAGCGUUUUCAACAAGAAACUCAGCGGGAAAUUUAAAAUUGUCAUUUAGUAAACUAAACCGGCCGUAUUGGCAUGUGUUGCAAUGUUAAUAUUUCAUCAUUGAUAUAUAAACUAUCAAGACUGUGUGGUCGGUAGUAGUGGGUUUCAGUAGGCCUUUAAUACUUGUAUCUAACCUACUUACAGUUUAACAGGAUAAACAUUGUCAAAUUUUAUGAAACCGUGUGUUAAAGAUUAUUAUCAAGACGUAGGUCAGGAUUAUUUAAAAUCAAAUAAGCAGUGCCCAAAAAAUUGUUCUAACUAAAUAAUGAGUCUAAAUAAAAAUGUUUUCUUAAAGGUGCUGUUUGCAACUUUCUCACAGUAACAUCUUUCAAAGCAAGAACACCAACACAUUUAUUUGAAAUUGUCUACAGUACAGGCCAAAAGUUUGGACACCUUCUCAUUCAAUGCAUGUUCAUGACUAUUUCACAUUGUAGAUUGUCACUAAAGGCAUCAAAACUAUGAAUGAACACAUGUGGAGUUAUGUACUUUACAAAAAAAGGUAAAACAACUGUAAACAUGUUUUAUAUUCUAGUUCCUUCAAAAUAGCCACCCUUCGCUCCGAUUACUUCUUUGCACACUCUUGGCAUUUUCUCGAUGAGCUUUAAGUUGUAGUCACCUGAAAUGGUUUUCACUUCACAGGUGUCAUGGUUUUGAUGCGUUCAGUGACAACCUACAAGUUAAAUAGUCUUGGAAAAUAAAGAAAACCCAUUGAAAUGAGUAGGUGUGUACAAACUUUUGGCCUGUACUGUAUAUUUUUCACAGUUAAAAAAUGCCGUAAAAAUUUUUACCAGCCCAAAUAAAAUGAUUGGUGUUUACGGCGGUCACUCACCCGGUCUCGCCAACGAGUACGCGCGGGGAGGGCGUGCACACAUACAAAAGCAGUCCAAGAGAAGCAACAAAUAAUUUGCAGCCAUGUUGUUAUGAUAGAAUAUACAUUCAAUGACAGCUAACGCUAGCUAACCAAGUUGCUAUUAUUAGCUAACAACAUCUAAAGCUAAUGUGCGUGCAUGUGUGACGUACAUAUGUUAUCACGUCUUUACGUGCAAAAAGCCUUAAAUGGGCGGGAUAUGUGUGUAAAAUAAAUUCGAAAUUUGGCGCCCUCUAGGCACUACGGUUGGGUAUCGAGUAUCGAGAAUCGAUUGGAACCGGGAUUAACUUUCCGAUUCUCCCGGUAUCGUUCAAAAGUUUAAAUUCCGAUUCCUAGUUUCGAUACCCAGUCCGCCGACCGGAAAAAAAAACGUCCGACGACCCGGAAGAAGAAGCCGUUGAACACCAAUGAAGAAGCGGCCACUGUCAGAAGCGUUAGCACAGCCGAGCCCAUGUAGCGGAGCCUAUGUAGCCGAGCGAGUCAGUCAAGAUGGAUAGCGGUCGUCGGCGGUCAAAAGUGUGGCUUUAUUUUACAAAAAAAAAAAAGAAAUAUCGGCCGAAUGUAACACGUGCGACAGGACUGUUUCGUGCUUAGGAGGGUGCACGUCAAACAUUAUGAAGCUCCUCUGAGUUCAUUGAGUACAAAUAAAUGCGUGUCUCAUCUUCGACGCGCUGCGCCGACCGUCCUCCUCGCCCAGCCUGGCGCCUCAGUCCGAAUCCGGUGAGUAAAACAAUAUAUAUGCAAUAAGUAAUGUGUUUUGCGGCAACGUUGAGGCAGCUAGCAAAUUAUCCCGCGUAUUUUUUCAUAGACAAUUUACAACCUGCUAGCCAGGUUCUGCGAUGUGCUCAGCGUACUCCGUUCACUGUAGCAGCAAUGGGGAAGAUGUCGGUGCCACAGACGGAAGAGUUUUUUUGACCCUGAAUCAAAAAUCGUUAGGAAUCGGAAUCGAAACAAAGAAUCGGAAUCGUUCGAAAUCAAACGAUACCCAACCCUACUAGGCACAUGUGUAAAUGUUGCAAACACAUUUUCUGUCAAUAAAAAUUAAGUCCAAAUAAAAAUACACCUUCGCCGCUUUAGUCAUAAGUUUUGCGCUUAAUUCUCUAUGACUUCAGCUCCAGACUUAUGUUUGAUAUUGUCAUUACUGCCACAAGUGGCGGAAAAUUCAAUUACAGCUGCGGGCCAUACGGACUACAGCUAAGAAACAAACACAUUUUGUCGGCCCGAUAGGGGGCGCUGGCAGCCCCAAAAUGGUUAAGAAACACUUGCUUUGAGCAGGGUGUCCAAACCAUCCAUUCAUUUUCUACCGCUUGUCCCUUUUGGGGUCACGAGGGAUGCUGGAGCCUAUCUCAGCUGCUAUCGGGGUAAACCCUGGACAAGUCGCCACCUCAUCACAGGGCCAACACAGAGACAACAUUCACACUCACAUUGGGUGUCCAAACCAUCCAUCCAUCCAUUACCGCUUGUCCCUUUUUUGGGGUCACGGGGGAUGCUGGAGCCUGUCUCAGCUGCUAUUGGGGUAAACCCUGGAUAAGUCGCCACCUCAUCACAAGGCCAACACAGAUAAACAACAUUCACACUCACAUUCACACACUAGGGCCAAUUUAGUGUUGCCAAUCAACCUAUCCCCAGGUGCAUGUCUUUUUAGAGGUGGGAGGAAGCCGGAGUACCAAGAGGGAACCCACACAGUCCCGGGGAAAACAUGCAAACUCCACACAGAAAGAUCCCAAGCCCGGGAUUGAACUCAGGAGUGUCCAAACUAUGAAUAACACAAAUGUGAUUUUCUAUAGCAUUUUUUUUGUUUUGUUUUUACAAAAUACGUCAAAAUAAAAGUGGUUCCUGCAUCUUUUGAAGUUUCUGUAUAAGUGAGGCUACUUUCUACUGUAUUCUUGCAUGAACAAAUGUGAACAAAAGUAGGCUCUAUUUUUGUAGGUUCACUCCACUGGUUCGAUGGGACCUCGAAAAGACGCACUUCAAUGGAGUAUUCCUCUUUCCUGUGAACAGGACUUUAGUCCGUGUACCAACAUUUUUAUAAAAAAUGUUUUCUGUUGAGACUACUUACCAGCAUGAGCAUGCGUUUUAUUCCUGAAGUCACGUAAUGUCGCUGUGAUGACGUGGGGUUGACAGAGCAAAACUUUUUUUAUUAUAGUCCAAUCAAUUCACGCACAAAGUGUUAUUUCAACUCAUUGUACAGCUUUUUGUAUGAAAUGAUCCCGUUUUGAUAAUAAAAGUACUUGUCACUCU